ACAUUUAGUUUUGUUUCAUUGUGAACACUGCACACCACUCUCACUGACGAGGGAGCGGUGCAAGUGAACAGUGGUGCUUGGAUCUGCUGCCAGUCAGUACGUAUCAGUGAUCGCUCUUAUGAAGAUAAUGUCGCUCCGUACAUCUAAUAAUGACCACACUGAGAAUGACUUGAUGACAGCAACAAAGAUUAAGAUUGCCAAAACAUUCAAGAUAGGAAUAUCUCCUAAUGCAGUAGUGGGCUCUUACAAUGACUGGUCCACGAGCUUCGAAGAGAUCAUCAAGCAAGGUAUCUACAACGCCCCCAUCAUAGCUCUGCAGGAAGUUCUUCGCCGAGUGCCGCCUGAGAGCCGCUUAGCCACAAGCGUGCUGGACGUGGGUGCCGGCACUGGCUGGCUGGGCACCUGCCUUCACAAGGAAGGCUUCAGGAAAAUCCACGCUCUGGAACCCUCGGAGGGGAUGCGGAGAGUGCUAAGGGAGAAGGGCGUGUAUACCAAAGAGUUCCCUGAAUCCCUGGGUACUGGGCCAUGCUCCGUCCCCUCCAACACAUAUGACGUGGUGAUCAGCUCGGGGUCAUUUGAUGAAGGCCACAUUCCGGUCACUGGUCUGGAUGAACUAGUGCGCGUCGCCAAGAAAGGAGGAUUGGUGCUCAUUGUCGUGCUGAUGAUGAAGCUGAAACCGACAGAACCUUACACAGGAAAACUGGAACCCCACAUGGAGGAACUGGAGCGGAAGGGAGUUUGGAUCAAGGUUGAACGACGUGUCUUCCCAAACUUCAUCUUUGAGAAGGAAGGCGUCAUGUUUACCUUCCGUGUUACCUGAGGAAUGUGUCCUUGAAAUAGCUCCGGCUUGAGUAUUUUUGUGGUGCUGGUGUUUGCCUCGGUGCAGGAUUUUUCAUGAUUUUCAAUUACCAUCCUAUUUGCCUCAUCAACAGGCAACUUGCCUAAUUAACGUCAAAUUUGUUUUUGUUUUUUUACUUGACAGCAUUUCGAAUUACUGCCACAUUUUGUUUUCCUGAUUUAAAUUUUGAAGAGGUCGAGGCUGUUUAGUGGGAAAUCUUUCCAAUUGGAAGAGAAUGUACAACACAUGAGGACUUUCUAUAAAAUAUAGUUUCUCUGACCCCUAUUCUGUCCAAAUCAUUGAUGCAAGAGUAAACCAGUAUUUACAAUCUUUCAUCCCCUUCACUGGUAAAAUCUGAAACUCCUUAUCUGCUUUCGUACAUAUUAUAUAUAUAUAUAUAUAUAUAUAUAUAUAUAUAUAUAUAUAUAUAUAUAUAUAUAUAUAUAUAUAUAUAUAUAUAUAUAUUUAUAUAUAUAUAUAUAUAUAACUUAAGUAAAUUAAACAAAAAAUAUGUUUCAUAUGAUGAAAAUUUAUACAUCAAUUUGAAGCUUAUUCGACCCUCUAAAAUCAGCAUUUUUGACAUUUCGAUUUUUCUUUAUAAUGCAUAUAAAAUUUGCAAUUAUUAUUAUUUUUUUUUUUUGUUAAAAAUCAAUAAAUAUCUUUAAUCCUUCUUAAAAUGUUGUAAGAUUUGAUCUGGCAUUCCUCAUUAUGGAUAUGUAGGAGAGUGGAAAGAACCCGCCUUUCAUGAUACGAACACACGCAGCAGACACUGGGAGGUUGUUUUUGAUGAGGUACACUAACUCAAAGUAAGAGAUGUAGGAUAAUACAUGUAAAGGUAAAGCCUCCUCUCCACCUUUCGUUGAUUAUGGCAUCACACAAUAGAUGAAUAUAGACUGAAAAUUAUACUGUCAUGAAGGAUUGGGGGAGGAGGGGGUCACCACAUACUCGCAGACUUUAGCGAAGCUGGAUCAUCGUUAACAUGUGUAUGGAAAAACUUUUUUUUUUUAGUCUAAACUGUUUACACCUACAAAAAAGUUCUCUUAUACAGUGUUAGGAUGUGUCUCCUAUCAUCAUAAUUAUAUAAUAUUCAUAUCAAAGAGAAUAAGAUCAUAUUUUAUACUAUAUUUUAUUAAACAUGUUAGCAAAAUGUUAUCUUGACGUAUGUGUAAUUUACGUAAUGCAGGCUAUUGUUAGGAUAUCUAUAAAUCUUAUAUAAUCUACAAGUUGAUUAAUCUAUAAGUCACUCCACGUCACCGACACAUCACUAGCCGAGGGGAACAGGUGAGCUGGGAGCACUAGCAAGAAUAAUAAUUUACGUAUCUCAUGAUAAGCUAAUAGUUAAAGAUGUUACUUGAUAGACUUAUGUUACAUAUUAACAUGAAUUUGUAAGUAGAUCAAAAUGGAUUUAUUGAACAAUAUUGUAUAAAGCAGCUGAUCUGUCUUAGUCACAAUAAAACAUUGAGGUGCAGUACAAGCCUCAUCCCACACCUUUGA